AUGACAGGUUCGACUUCCUCUCGUGCGAUGACAGGCUCGAGCACUGGUGUGACGACAGCGACGUGUUCUUCCUCAGGUUCGACCUCUGGUGCGACGACACAUCCCUCUGAUGCGAUGACAGGUUCGACCUCUAGUACGACGAUAGCAACGAUUCCUUCCUCUGCUGCGAUGACAGGUUCGACCUCUGGUGCGACGAUUCCUUCCUCUGGUGCGACGACAGCGACCUCCACUUCAACUAGUCCUUCCUUGCAAGGCCAUCAGCAGCAGAGGAAGGAAUCGUUGCUAUCGUCGUACCAGAGGUCGAACCUGUCAUCGCAGCAGAGGGAGGUGUCGUCGCACCAGAGGUCGAACCUGAGGAAGAACACGUCGUUGUCGUCGCACCAGUGGUCGAGCCUGUCAUCGCACGAGAGGAAGUCGAACCUGUCAUCGCAACAGAGCAUGGACUCGUCGCACCAGAGAUCGAACCUGUCAUCGCACCGGAGGUCGAACUCGUCACAUCAGAUGCUGGCACCUCGGGAAAAAUCACCACAUAGAUCUCAAGGUAAAUUUGAUAAAUAUUACGAAUAA